AAUCCGCAGCAGAUCCUAAAAUAUUAACGUGCAAAGUAAGAUGAGUUUCGAGGAGAAAAAGAAUCUGCUGUUUUCAUCGCUGGAGUCCGCCGAGCAAGGCAUUCGAACGGAUUCGAUACUACACCAAAAUGUGAAGGAAAUCGAUUACAGUCUGGACCGCUCGAACAAGACUCGCACAAAGCUCAUCAGUGUCGAUCGAUACCGCGGACGCGAAAGCAUCUUUAAACGACCGAAUGCUCCAAUUGGACAAUGCCUGAAGCGCACGCACGUUCCAGACUAUAAGCGAAACCCGCACAAGUGGAUCAAGUACACGCUGGAGGAUGUGGACACGUCCGAUCGGACCAACAUGGCCGCAGCCUUUUCCUUCCUCAAGCAGAUGGAAGAACAGCGCGAGGCUUCCUUGCAGGAUGAAACCGAUGAACAGAGCUCGACACAGACCCAGCCGGGUACUGGCUGUAGAGCGUUGGUAAGAUUCAACCGGUCCGUCCGCCUGAGGGAGCAGCUGCAGGAAGCGGAUGAUCCAGUAGAGACGCCCGCCGAAGACAGACCACAGUUCAAUGGGCGGCGAGUCCUGAUGCCCGAAUAUGUGGUCGGUCAAAGGGAUCCGAAAAAGGUAAAACGUACGAAACGGCCAGCAAAAGCGGGCGACGGAAAACAAAAUGAACUACAGUUAGAUCAUCUGAUGGAAGAAAACGAAGAUGACGAUGAAGAAGAUGGGCAACCUGAGAUGGAAUAAGGUUUUAUUGGUUGAAAUUUAAAUCGAGGAUGAUUGUGUAAUAUACUAAAUGCUUAACUUUUAAGAAUAUUCGGAAAUAAACUAUGCUUAACCAUAAAUUUAUUUGGAUAACUGAACACAUAA